AUGCUCUCUCACAAUAGCUCGCAAAAUCGUAUGAAUUCAAAUUACUACUAAUCUGAAGGCGCAAACGAAAAUAACCUCUUUAAUGGAGCUUCAUAAGACUAGUCUUUUCUCUCAAAUAAUAACAAUAAUAUUAUGAGCUGUAAUACUAAUAAUUGUAAACCAGUGAGUAAAAUUCUUGCUCCUUCUCAUGGAAAACACAGCUCUUUAUAUGAAAAAAAUCCUGGAAAUUUAGUUUAAAAUUAAGGGAUAAUGCGCCUUCCAUCAAUAGGAUAGCUUUCAAGUACAAAAGCCCUUGCUAUUAAUCCUUUAUCUCCAAAUGAAUUCGGUAGCUUAUUCGAUGCUGAAAAUAAAUUUAUCAAUUCAUGUUCUUCUGCAUAACAGAAGAAGAGGAUGAUAAGAGUGUAGUCAAAAAAUAAAUUUCCUUCAGAUUUCUUUAACGAAAAUUAAGAUUAGUUUUAGUAGAAUAAUGGAAAUGAAGAGAUUUCCUUGUAAAGUAAUUGUAAAUUCUUCUAGUCACCAGAUAAUAAUUUUAACUCGCCUUCAUAGCAAAGAAUGUCUAACCCAUAAAUCUAAGUGAAUUAGCUAAAAUUAUCAUAGCAUUCUAUUUAGAAUUCAGAAAAUUCCUAAAGCGUAAAAUAAUUUGAUGUCAGUGUCAAUUCUUAUUCUAUCUUGUCUCCUAGAUCAAAUGUAGAUGAUGCAAAAAAAAAUAGCGUUUAACUAUAGAGUCCAUAAAAUACUUAAUAUUUUUAACGUCCAUUUAUCAGUGCUAUGGGAAGUCGCUCUAUAAAAUCAUAAAACAAUUAAGUACAAUAAUAAAACACUCCCCUUAGUCAAUUAAAGAAAGAAUUUUAAUUCAAUAAAAAUAAUUUUAUCGAGCAAUAAUAUGAUAUGCAACUUUCAAACUAGCAAAACUCUAACAAUAUAAAUUAAACUUCCAAAGGAAGCUCUGCUAAGUAAAAUGUAGCUUUGAAUAACUAAUCUGCUUCUGGUAGUAUUAAAAGACUUAUAUCUGCUUAACUUCCAAGCCCAAUGGUAUCUCCCAGUAACACUUUUAGAAUGCUCUCUCCUACUGAAAAGCACAAUCGCUUACUUAGUCCUUCUUCUUUAUAAUAAACAUAAAAAAUAUAAAGCAGACUAAUUUUAAAAGCAAAUUCUUAAUAGGAAAAUUCUGAAUAAAAGUAAAAUGACUCUAUAUAAGAAAUUAACAUAAAUGAAAUCAGAUCUUGCACGAAUGACUUAUCUAUCCCUAAUAGCCCAAAAAACGUCCUUAUUAGAUAAAAUAGUGAAAAAGUAUAAAAGUGCUUAGAAAAAACUAAAAGUGCUAAUAGUUCAAACAAAAAGUCUGAAAUAAACACUCCAAAAUCACAACAAAGUUAAAAAAGUUUGCUCCAUCACCCCAUGUCCUAAUAGGCUUAAAGACCUAAAAUUCCAACUAGCAGCCAGAAAAGAACACCAAAUUAUGAUGUAAAAAGUUCUGCUAAUAUUCACGAGGCAAUUAAUAAGGGACCUUUGAGCACAAAAAACAAUGAAGCUGACAAAAAAAAUAAAUUAUUUUAAGGUUCUUUUAAAGAAAGAAAAGAUACUGAAAGCAGCGAGAACUCAGAGAGUUAAGCAACAAAAUUUAUAAGCAGAAAACCUGUUGCUGUAAAUAAAGCCAAAGGUGGAAGUAACAUAGAUUUUAGCAACUUUAAGGUACCUAUUUCUACUAUAAACAAAAAAAUAAAAGAAAUUUCUGUACUACCUAACAAUUAAGAGAGAUAAGCUGGUAAAUCUUAAACUACUAUAGUCUCAUCUUCAUCUAAAAACCAUAAAGAAGAUUAAAACUAAAACAAGCAAGUUCAAAAUAGUGAAGUUUAAAAAAAGAAAAAAUCUAAAGCUUUAUCAACAACAAAGCUUUAGUCAUUCAUUCCUUUAAACUAGCAAGAAUCUAGUAGUAUAGCAGAAGUUCAAAUUGAAGAAUAAAUAGAUGAUCAUUAGAGUCUUAACGCAGAAGAAGAGCACGCUAAAGAAGAAUAAACAUUUUUUGAAGGUGAAAACUCAGACACAACUAAAAAUAGCAUAUAAUAAAAUAAUACAAAUUCAUUGAAUAGUCCAAGCCUUUAAUACGAAAAUCUCUAUCUAUUUUCGGAUAAACAAAUACAAUCAAGUCAAAAUAGUAUGGUAGCCUUACCUCCUCCUCAAUUAAAAUAAUUUUAUUCAGAUUGUUGUGAUACUUCGAAUUUUAACUGUUAAAAUACUUUCUCCUUCCCCAAUUAAAUUAGUGUAAACAAUUAAGAUACUAUCAAUUUCUAAACUAAGAUUGAUGGCUAUUAAUAACACAUUAAUAAUCAAAAUUUAAAUUAAAAUUUUAAUAAUCAAUAUAACUAAUUUAACGAAUUCAUUGAAGAACAUCCUAUGCAAUAAGAAGAGAUCAAUUCAACAAAUAACUAUAAUAGAACAGCCAAUUUCACUGAUUAUCACAGUGCUUCCUAAAAUGAAAAUAGCUAAAAUUAACAGAAACUAAAAUCUUCAUAAAAAGCUUUACCAAAAAUUGCACUAAAUUUCAAAGAAAGUGAAAAAUAUAAACCCUUUUUAAUCAGAAAAGUUAGUAGCUAAUGUAGUAUGAGAGUCAGAGGAAAUCUCUCCAGUAAUAGUACAUGCAGUAAUUAAAGUAAUAAUAUGGGUUUUGAUUUUAUGAAGAACGGAUCAGGGGGAUCAACAACAAAUGGAAAAAGCAUGAUUUCUUCUCCAACACUCCUUGCUUCUAACGAACAUAUUAAUUCUCAUGAAUUUAGCUUUAGCAACUAGUGA